AUGUCGGAUCAGGAAGGCAUUAAACUGGAGGCUCGCCGUAGCGAGGAAGCCCACCGCCUCCUCAACGGCGACGAGAAGCAGGAUGAGGGCGACAGCUACGAUCUCGAAGCCCGUGCCGGCGUGGUCCAAGCCCAAAACACAGACGACAGGCCGACAAAGCCCGUCGAAUACUCCACCUCGCCCCAGGUCAAGUUCGCCUGGCUAAGCGCCUACUUUCUCUGCAGCUUGGUCUUGACCCUGUACAACAAGUUGGUGUUGGGUGUUUUCCCUUUCCCCUGGCUCUUGACCGCGCUCCAUGCCACCUGCGCCAGUCUCGGCUGCUAUGGUCUCCUUCAGUUGAACUACUUCAGCAUGUCCCGCCUUGGCAGGCGUGAGAACCUCAUUCUCCUGGCUUUCAGCUUGCUCUUCACCAUCAACAUUGCCGUCUCUAACCUGUCUCUCGCGAUGGUCUCAGUACCGUUCUAUCAAGUCCUUAGGACUUCGGUGCCCGUCUUUACCGUUCUCAUCUACCGCGUCGUCUAUUCCAGAACAUACGAAUUCAUCACCUACCUGACUCUUGUGCCAAUCAUGCUCGGUGCCGCACUGACGACCAUCGGAGAAUACACCUUCACCGACCUGGGUUUCCUGUUGACUUUUGCGGGUGUUAUUCUUGCCGCAAUUAAGACCGUUGCGACCAAUCGCAUCAUGACAGGCCCCCUGGCCCUCCCGGCCAUGGAAGUCCUGCUGCGCAUGUCGCCGUAUGCGGCACUCCAGUCUCUGGUGUGCGCCUUCGUCGCGGGAGAGUUUGGCGGCGUGUCGCAGAUGCGCUCCCAGGGCAACAUUGCUACCUGGACCCUCAUCGCCCUUCUCGGAAACGGCAUGCUGGCCUUCGCCCUCAACGUCGCCUCCUUCCAGACCAACAAGGUCGCCGGUGCCCUGACCAUUAGCGUGUGCGGCAACCUGAAGCAGUGCUUGACGGUGCUGCUGGGUAUCAUUGCCUUCGGCGGCGUCGAGGUUCACUUGUUCAACGGCACUGGUAUGGUUCUGACCAUGGUGGGCGCCGCCUGGUACAGCAAGGUCGAGCUGGACCGCAAGAGCCGGAAAUGA